AUGGGCUUCACCAAGGAAUCAGCCACGAUCGGCAUCAUUGGCAUGGGAGACAUGGGCAAGAUGUACGCCCAGCGUCUGAGCGCUGCCGGAUGGAGGAUUAAUGCAUGUGACAAACCCGACUCGUAUGAGCGUCUUAUAAAAGAAUUCGAAUCCACACAAAAUGUCACUAUCUUUCCCAAUGGCCACCUGGUUUCCAGAAUAAGCGAUUACAUUAUUUACAGUGUAGAGGCCGGUGUCAUCGACAAGGUAGUGGAAAUGUAUGGCCCGUCUACCAAGGUCGGUGCAAUCGUCGGUGGUCAAACGUCCUGCAAGGCCCCUGAGCUCGCGGCUUUCGACAAACACCUUCCCAAGGACGUAGAGAUCGUAUCAUGCCAUUCGCUACAUGGCCCUCAAGUCAACCCCAAGGGUCAACCUCUGGUCUUGAUCCAGCACCGUGCCUCCGAUGAAAGCCUCAACUUCGUCAAGGAAGUCCUGUCAUGCUUCGAAUCCAAGUUCGUUUUCCUCUCCGGAGAGAUGCAUGAUCGCAUCACGGCAGAUACCCAGGCCGUCACCCAUGCGGCCUUCCUGAGCAUGGGAACAGCAUGGCAGGCCAACCAGCAAUUCCCCUGGGAGAUUAACCGUUGGGUGGGAGGCAUCGAGAACGUGAAGAUCAACAUCACCCUACGCAUCUACUCCAACAAGUGGCACGUGUACGCCGGUCUUGCCAUCUUGAACCCAGCGGCGAAGAAGCAGAUUCGGCAGUAUGCAGAGUCCGUGACGGAUCUGUACAAGCUCAUGAUUGAGGGCCGCCGAGACGAACUCAAACGCCGUGUCAGAGCUGCAGGGGAGGCCGUUUUCAAAGCGGGUACCAACGGCCAGGAUCUGCUGUUGAAGGAUGAAGUCCUCGACCGUUUCUCCCUGUCAAACCGGGAACGUGAGCAGGCUCCUCCGAACAGCCAUCUCAGUCUGCUUGCCAUCGUUGACUGUUGGUCCAAACUUGGAAUUGUCCCCUAUGAUCAUAUGAUCUGUUCCACGCCUCUUUUCCGUCUCUGGCUGGGCGUCACGGAAUAUCUCUUCCGCAAUCCCGAACUCCUCGAGGCGGCCCUCGACACUGCAGUCGACGAUAAGACGUUCCGUUCGGAUGACCUGGAAUUUACCUUUGCAGCUCGCGCAUGGUCGGACUGCGUAUCGUUCGGUGAUUUCGAAUCCUACCGCGACCGGUUCGAGCGGAUCCAGCAGUACUUUGCUCCCCGAUUCCCCGAAGCCGUCAAGCUGGGCAACGAAAUGAUGAAGACCAUUCUGGAGAAGACUGCAACGGGCCAAGCCUAGUAUAGGAGAAGACACACCGAAAGAGAUGAAAAUCGAGUAAUGCCAAUGGCUCCUCCCUAAGUCUAAAAGCCCAAUCACAAGAAGAAGCCGGCUAGGGAAAGUCGGGUAGCGCGCCUAGAGUAGGUGGAUGUCUCUGCGCCAGUCCGGCAGGAUCGGAGAGGGGGGCAAUCCAUAAU